UGACAUUCAUGUCUACUCGAUUUCGAAAGUUAAAAUAGUAUACUAAGUAACCUCUCUUUAUUUUUGAAGUUUUGAAUGAAAAAAAAAUGAAAUUUAAUUAACAGAUUAUAUAAAUUUAUAUAAUAGAUUUUUGCCGUAAUAUUAAUUAAAAAAAAUUAAAAUAAAAUUAUAAAUUAUGAAUGUAUAUUAUAUAAAAUAUAUUCAUAUAAUAAUUAAAAAUUUUUAACAUAAAUUUAAAUAUAAAUUUUAUUAUAACUAUAAAUAAAAGAUUGUAAUUAUGAGUGAAGAAUCUGAUUCUGUUGUGAUAGUUAAAGCAAAACCAGUUCGUAAGAUAUUCAAAGCUCCAAUAAAAAUAAAUAAAAUUCCUGAAGAAAUUUUAAAUGACCCAUUAUUAAAUGCAGCAAUUGUUGCAUUACCUUCUAAUUAUAAUUUUGAAAUACAUAAAUCAAUAUGGAGAAUUAAAGAAUUGAAAGUGAAAAAAGUUGCAUUACAAAUGCCUGAAGGACUUUUAAUGUAUGCUACAACUAUAGCUGAUAUUAUAGAAAAUUUUACAGGUGCAGAAACUAUUAUAAUGGGAGAUGUUACUUAUGGAGCAUGUUGUAUAGAUGAUUAUACCGCAAAAGCAUUAGAUGCAGAUUUUUUAAUUCAUUAUGGACAUUCUUGUUUAAUACCAAUUGAUCAAACUGUUGGUAUAAAAGUACUUUAUGUAUUUGUUAAUAUCAAAAUUGAUACUUCACAUUGUAUUGAAUGCUUACAAGCUACAUUACCAGUUACAACGAAAAUUGGACUUGUAAGUACUAUACAAUUUGUUAGUGCAUUACAAAUAAUUGCAAUGGAAAUGAGAAAGAAUGGUUAUGAAGUAUCUACUCCACAAAGUAAACCAUUAAGUCCUGGCGAGAUUUUAGGUUGUACAGCACCACAAAUUAGAUGUGCUGAUGUAGUUAUUUAUAUAGGAGAUGGCAGAUUUCAUUUAGAAGCAGCAAUGAUUGCUAAUCCAAAAUUACGAGCAUUUCGAUAUGAUCCUUAUGAAAAAUUGACAGAAGAAUUUUAUAAUCAUGAACAAAUGCUAAAAAAUAGAUUAACAGCAAUUGAAUAUGCAAAAAAUACUAGAAGAUUUGGAUUGAUACUUGGUACUUUAGGAAGACAGGGAAAUCUUAAUGUUUUGAAAAAUUUAGAAAAUAAAAUUAAUUUAUUAGGAAAAGAAAAUGUUAUUAUAUUGCUUUCAGAAAUAUUUCCAGAUAAAAUUAAAUUAUUUAAGAACAUUGAUGCUUUCAUACAGAUUGCAUGCCCACGAUUAAGUAUAGAUUGGGGAACAACUUUUGAAAAACCAUUUCUUACACCAUAUGAAGGAGCAGUUGCUUUAAAAAUGAUAAACUUUAACAAUGAUAAACCAUAUCCUAUGGAUUUUUAUGCUUCAACUAGUCUUGGACCAUGGACUCCUAAUUAUAAAGAAUCUGAAUUAGAAAAACAAACUGAUACUUGUUGUGGUAAAUGUAAAGAUAAAGCAUAAAUAAAAAUCAAUUAAUAUUUAGUUUAAUGAUAUUAAAAAA